AUGGCGACCGGUAGCUCCCAAGAGGAGACCCGUCCCCUCAACCCAGAGAUGGUCUACCGUCCAGACACUCCCGCGAGCACCUCAUACAAUGCUCCUCGCGGAAGCAAACCGACCAAGAUACAUCGGAUCGUUCUCGUGACCGUGCGAGUCCUUCUCUUCUUCCUGGCUCUCACUGGCAUCAUCGUCGGCUGCAUGACCUACGGUCAACUGGGUCAAGUCUUCCUCGUCAUCCUCUUCUUCCUCUGCCUGUUCUGGAACCUCGCUCUGAUCCUCGGUAUGCUCUUUGGCAACGUCAAGUCGAGGCUGGAGUGGUCUCUCCCCAAGUUCAGCCUUCAGAUUGGGAGGCUUAUCUGUCUGUGCAACCCGGAGUCCACCGAUGGCGACGAUGACGAGGACGAGGAAGACCCCGAGAGAGCAGUCUUGAUAGGGCGCGAUGACGACCACAAGGAAGUAUCCGGUCCUUCUCGGACGUGGGCCAUCGACUUCAUCUUUGGUCUCAUCGCCCUCAUCAUGUUCAUCUGUAUCAUGGUGUCCUACCACCGCCGCUACGACGUCGAUGAGGGUGUACUGGCCUUUGCUUUUGUCAUUGCAUUCUUCGAGUUCUUUAUCACCAUCAUGUCCUGUGUCAAGAUCUAUAGGAAGACUGGAAGCCAGAACGAGUAUGAGUACCGUAUUCGCCUUCCCACCGAACCUGAGCAGCGAAACAACGCAGGAAAGAACAUCUCCGUCGCGGCUUGA